AUGUUGCGUGACCGUUUUGUGUGCGGACUGCGUGACGAAGGCCUACAACAACGCCUGUUCGCGGAGACGGGUCUCACCUUCUCCAAAGCCUACAACAUCGCCCAACGAGCGGAGAGCGCCGGUCACCAGCAGAGGGAUAUUCGACGGAACGUCGAGCCGGUACAUCACACCAGUGAGCAGUCAGGUCAUUCCACGUCUAAGGCGAAAUCAAGCAAAAAGACACAGCGCUGUUGGCGAUGCGACGACAUGCACGAUCCCCAGGUAUGUCGAUACAAGACAGCGACCUGCAAUUUUUGCCACAAACUGGGACACAUUGAAAAGGCAUGCAUCACGAAGCGCAAACAGCUCCGACCGAAGACUUCAGUGCAACGGAACAACAAUGUCGACGCACAGGAGGGCCAGACGCAAGAUAAAAGCCGAACAGCACUAACGUCAUCGGCACUAUAUGACUUGAACGCCGUUGUGAACCUCGGCACGAGACCGAAGAUUACGACUGAAAUCUUGGUACACCAGCGCCCUAUCAGGUUUGAGGUGGAUUCCGGAGCAGCAUGUACGCUCAUCAGCGAGGACACUUUUCGCGCCACUUGGCGUGAGAACGCACCAGCUCUCCAGCAAGACGACACGCAGCUGAGAACGUGGUCCGGACAUUCUCUUCCACUACUGGGCUAUGCCAACGUAGACGUGUGCUACAACGGUCAGACCCAUCAGCUCCCCUUGCUGGUCGUUCACGGUUCCGGAUCAAGCCUUUUAGGACGAAAUUGGUUCACCCCUCUUGGAGUGGUCAUUGGCGGAGUUCACCACACACCCACCUAUCCGUCAGUGGAGGAGCUUCAACAGAAGUACAAAGCGGUUUUCUCCGAAGAAAUACCUGGAAACAACGGACCUCCAGUCACACUGGAGCUUCGGGAGGAUGCGACGCCGAAAUUUUUGAAAGCUAGGUAG